GCCUCCAUUUCAGGCAUAAACCUAUACUCAAGCAUUUUGAAUACCACCGCGGAUAACGUGUUAUCGUUUUGAUGUUUGCAGAAAAGAACAAGACAAAUGUCAUAAUUGCCACUAUUGUUUUUGUUUUUUCCUCUCAUUAAGUUUUCGAAAAUGUCGCUGUCGGCUGAUAAAAGGGAGUUGUUGGCUGUUUUAAAGCUUAUAAGAAGAUAUAAUUUGAAGGGCACAGAAGAGCUCCUACGACAGGAAGCGAACCUCGCGGAAGAUGCCGACGAUAGUGCCGGAACUGAUGUUGAUUGCGUUUUGUCCGCCUAUGAAGGAGAAGGCGAUCCCGAAAUCUUCGAGAAUGCCUACGCCGAGCUCAGAAACUUCGUCGAAGAAUCGCUGGAUAUCUACAAACAUGAACUUGCCUUGGUUUUGUACCCAAUCUUGGCCCACAUCUAUAUUAAACUCAUGCAGAACGGCCAUUGCGAUGCUGCCAAGCGAAUCCUGGAGAAGUUCGGACCCGAGCAGGAGCACUAUUUCCAAGAAGAUAUUCAGAAUUUGUUGCAAAUUACAAACCGGCAGCAGCUAGAGGGUAGUGACCUGGUCAAUGCUCUGGAAAACGAAAAGUUUAUAAUCCGCAUGUCGCGGGAUACUUUGUCGUUACUAAAGCGGCACAUUCAAGACAAAAAGACUGACACCAUUUCGCAAAUCGUGAACAAGCAUCUAUACUUUGACUUGUACGAGGGAGUGGCGAGAAGCAAAGGACAGUGCGAAGCCUCAGCUGGCGCGAUGACGGGUGAAGCGAAGCGGCAAGACAAUAAAGUGCGCGUCUACUAUGGUUUGCUAAAAGAGGUAGAUUUCCAAACUUUGACCACCCCUCCGGAAGAGGAGGACGACCUAGAUCCUGACGCCCCAGACAAACCUAAGAAAAAGAAGUCAAAGAAAGAUCCCCUUUUCUCGAAAAAGUCGAAAUCGGAUCCGAAUGCUCCACCCCACGACCGGAUCCCACUGCCAGAGCUCAAAGACGCCGACAAAUUGGAGAAAAUGAAAGCGUUACGAGAAGCCUCGAAAAGAGUAAAUUUGGGGAAGGACAGCCUCCCAUCAGUAUGCUUCUAUACGGUUCUAAAUGCAGCGAACGCAGUGACAUGCACGGAAAUUUCAGACGAUUCAAGUAUGAUGGCAGUUGGUUUCGCCGAUGCGACUAUAAAAGUUUGGUCCUUAACGCCAUCUAAAUUGCGGGAAAUGAAGCCAGCCGACCAACUGAAGGAGAUUGAUCGUGAUGCAGAUGACGUGCUAGUUCGCAUGAUGGAUGACCGCACCGCAGAAACAUGUCGGAUGCUCCUCGGACAUAGUGGUCCUAUUUAUCGAUGCGCCUUUUCGCCAGACCGGACUCUCCUACUUUCCUGCUCCGAAGAUGCUACGAUUCGACUUUGGUCGUUUAAUACGUGGACCUGUGUAGUGGUUUACAAAGGACAUCAGUUCCCAAUUUGGGAUGUCAGAUUCUCGCCACAUGGUUACUACUUUGCUUCAUGCUCGCAUGAUAAAACCGCACGACUGUGGGCAACCGAUUCCCAUCAACCGUUACGAAUAUUCGCGGGUCAUUUAUCAGAUGUUGAUGUCGUUCAAUUUCAUCCUAAUUCGAACUACAUUGCCACAGGAUCGAGCGAUAGGACAGUUAGACUCUGGGAUGUAUUGACUGGUAAUUACGUGAGGCUUAUGACAGGUCAUAAGGCGUGUGUUUACAGUCUUGCCUUCUCUAUGUGCGGGAGAUAUUUAGCGUCGGGCUCAUCAGACCAUCGCGUUCUCAUCUGGGAUCUAUCUCAUGGUCAAUUGAUCGCGUCUUUGGCCAACCAUUCGGACUCGAUCCACUGCUUAUGUUUUAGUAGAGAUGGGACUAUCUUAGCAUCAGGUUCUCUGGAUUGCACUCUAAAAUUAUGGGAUUUCAGCAAACUGUCCGAAGAUUACGCCUCACAAACGGCGAAUGCAUCGCAUAAUCCUGAUGUGAAAGAUGGCGAUGUAUACUUACUAAGAUCUUUCCCCACUAAAUCAUCUCCUUUCAUUAGUCUUCAUUUCACUCGAAGAAAUCUGCUUUUAGCUGUAGGAAUGUUCAAAAGUUAAAUACAUCAGAGCUUAAAUAUACGAGAAGAACCCAAUAAAAUCAUUGCAAAGUCUACGACGUUCACUUAUGUAGAAGUCGUUUUUACAUUUUCAAAUAAAUUACUAGAAUCAGU